CCGAGUGGAAAAGACGGCCAACCUAGUCAACAGGGUUUAUGGUACCGUGAUCCUCUCGUCUCAGGAAAAACUCGAGGACCAGCGCAUCUUCUUCUUCCACGAUGCAUUCCUCUUUCCUAAAUUACUGCCGCGCCAGCAAUGGACCAUGGAAGGAGACUGGAUCAGCCUGAGGAAGCCCUGCGAUCGUUGCCUGGGGAACCCGAAAACGAACUGUCAGCUUUGUAGCUGUGAAAAAUGCGGUGUGAAGGGCGAUGACAAACCGCAAAUCUCGUGCCAGAACUGCAACAACACGUGCCACCUGACCUGCGCCAACUCUGGACCCAACCUGUGGUUUUGUACUGGCUGCCUCUUGGACGAGGAGUUUGGGGCCAUCUUCAGCAAAGAGGACACUUCGAAGAAGCCGAAGCCGCUGAAGACGGCUGUCCCGCCUGUCGGUCAAGCUGAUGUGGUUACGGGCGUCGAGCCGUCAGAAGGCCCAAGCGUGUCCAAUCGCCAACACGUGAGUCUUUUUGAAUACAUGUAG